AUGACUAGUCAUCUGGUUCCAUUAUCCAAUGUGAUGAGUUCAAACCUACAAGAUAUUAAAGAAGAAGACGAUAUACAUAUUACCCCAGUUUACACUGAUCAAAGUACUAUUAGUUUGUUAAAAGAAUCUUCCUCGUCGUUUUGCAGUUCUAUGAUGGGCAUCACCCAAGGUUUCUCAGAUUCAAAUAAUAGCACCAAUAAUUUAGAUAAUAAUAAUACUACGAGUAAUAAUUCUACAAAUAAUUCUACAAACAACACGACAAAUUUGAUUUUGAGUAAUACAAAUAGUAAAUCAAUGGAUUUCCAAAUCGAUCCCAUAAACGGCAAUAUAAAUAUCAAUUUGAAUUCGCCGCAUAAUGAAAAUAAUUCGAUCAUUCAGCGAUUAGAUGCCACUGCGUUGAACUCUACAUCCACAGCCACAAAUUCCACUUCAACAUCAAUCAUUAAUAAUACAACAAACCUGACAAAUGAUACGAAUAAUACUACAAUUAAUAAUUUUAGUACGAGCAAUCUGCUUACUCUGGAUAAUCCUCAUGAUUUACAUCUGAAUAAGGAUAUAUCAAUAGACCCUUACCAUAACAUCAUCAUGAAUCAUCAAAAGACUCCCUUGUUAUCCACUUCAAAUGAUUUAGAUCAUACUCCAAGUUUAUUAUUAAGCAAUCCAAACUCCACUUAUAAGAGUAAUAGUAAAGAAGAAUUAUCAUUAUUGCCACCAUUACCGAAUACAAUAGAUAAUGUAACUGAUCAUGGGUUUGCAUCUUCUAUCUUACAAUCAACCCCCAUAGAUAAUGUAAUUCAAACAGAUCAAAGAAAUAUUAAUAGUAAUAUUUCAUCCAAUGCUGAUGCUAAUAAUAGCACAAAUAAUAUCAUAAAUAAUAAUACCCCAGCUAGUGCUACUACUACAACAACUACUACUACUAUAAAUAAUAAUAAUAGCAAUAAUGGUAAUAAUAAUGGUAAUAAUAAUGGUAAUAUUAAUAAUGAUAACAUAUUAGACAUCACUUCUAAUUCAAAUGAUGAAUUAGAAAUUAAAGGACAAUUAGAAAAUCAAAAUAUUUUAAAUUUAAAUUAUAAUCAUGAUACUGAUAGUCUGGUCUUACCAAAGAGUGAUUUUUCUGAUGCAGCAAUGGCUUUUGAUUUGUCACCAGAAUUUAAAAUAUUAUCAAAUGAUUUGAAAAAUGAUGAACAAAGUCAUCUGUUAUCCCCAAAUUUAUUAAAUGAUUCGAUUGUUCAACCAAUAAAAUCUCCUAGAUUAUUAUUAAAAAAAACUUUUUCCAAUUCGCUCUUGAAUAGUCCAAAUCAUCACUCAGAUAAUGAUAUUAAUAACUCAAAAUCACCAAAAUUAAAUAGCACAAGAUUAAAUCAUUCAAAUUCUACUACAACCAAUUUUUUAUUAUCGAAAUCAAAUUCGUUCCAACAAAAGAAUUCAGCAAUUUUAAAUUCAUUUAAUGAAAAUUCAUUCAUUAAUUCUGGUAAUACCACCAAUACUACCAUUUUAUCUUCACCAAAUUCAAACAUUUACCAAAAUUUAGAUUCGAAAAGUCUUUCUUAUUUACAAAAAAAUACUGAACCUACUGAUUAUAUAGACCAUGAUACUGAUAUCCUAUCAAGUAAUUUAUUGAUGGAAGGAAUUGGUAUUAAUAUGCCCACUCUUAAUAUCCCCAGAUCAAGUAUCACAAGAAAUAAUAGUUUAAGUAUUAAUAGCAUGAAAGAAAAUAAUACAUCAAUAAACACAACUGCUAGCACUACUAACACUAACACUACCCUUCCUUCUCUUACCUCUAACAAUAAUGUAAGUUCAAAUAAUAAUGAUAGUUUCGAUAAUUCCAAAAAUAAUACUGAUGAUUCUAAAGGUAUUAAAAGAAUUCCUUUAUUAAGAAGAGCUUCAAGUGUAUUAAGAAGAAGAACUUCUUUAAAGAGAAAGAAUAAAAAUAAAGAUGGAAAAGAUGUUAAAGAUGGGAAAAAUGAUAUUUCUCAAUCUAAUGGAAAUAUAAAUAAUAUUACCAAUAACAGUAACAAUUCUCAAUCUAAUAGCAAUUUAACUAAUAAUGUAAUUAUGGACAAUAAGAUACCUUUUCCAAAUUAUACAAAAUCACCACCAACGACCCCUCAUUUAAAUGGUUCUUCAUUUGAUUCAAAUACACAAAAAUUUAAUUUACAGCCACAUACUCCUAGAGCAAGGAAUAUUUCAAAUGCUACGGUUCUAAGUGAUCUUCAAAAACAAAUUCAACUUCAAAAGAAAGAAAGUAAUAUGGAUGAGUUGCAUUAUGUAACUCAAAUAGAUGUUGAUGUUGAACCAUUGCCUGAUUAUAAAAAUUCAAGAAAUGGUGAUGUGAGUCGAAGCCCAUCUUUUGGUUCUAAAGUUAAAAGAAGCAUAUCCAGAAUAAUUAGUACCAAUAAAAGUUCAUCUAAUCAAAGUAAACCAGCCUCUAGAACCUCUAGUACAUCUUCUAACAAAAAUAACCCUACUACUAACAAUAACAUUAAUGCCAAUAGCGUUAAUGUAGAUAUUUCUAAAAUUUAUAACCAUCAAAAAUCAUUGUCCCAACAUAAAACUGAUGUAAUGGAAACUCCUGAAAAAAAAUCGUUUGUCGCAUCAUCUCCAAAUCAUAAGAGAGAUUCUGAAACUCCAACUUACAUUCAUCCCAAACCUAUUAGUAGAAAUAGUACAAUAGAUGGUUCUUCGAAGGGAGCCCUUAAUAAAAAUGAAAACUUCAAAACUUAUAAUUCAUCAAGUUCUAUUCCUACUUUAAAAAAUGAUGAAAUAACGGUUGAUAUUGAUAAACUAACACAAACAAUUCCUGUUAUUACAGUCACUGAUGGUAUUAAUGGUGGGUCUUCAAAUUCUGUUCAAAUCCAAUCUAAUUUAGCCUUAGACGAUGUGUUUCAAUCAAAUCGUGGUAAAAUUGAACAAGGUUAUGGAAAUGACAGAAAGGAAAAUUCUAAACCACAAAUGAUAUCAUUAAAAGAAUAUAUUAGUAUCCUUUUGAAACAACAACACACAGAAGAUGAAAGGUUUGCCAAAUUAGAAGAGGAAUUCACCGAUUGUGGUUGGUGCUCUAAAGAGGAUAUUCAAAUUUUAAAGCAUAAACGGAUAUUGAUGAAUAAAAGAUGGGCAGAAAGGAUCUCAUAUUAUCAAAGCAGAAUUGACGCAUAA